AUGGAUCAAGCUGCCCAGUAUCUCAUCACCAACACCUUCUGGCACCACCACUACAAUGUCAGCACAAAAGACGAAACACACCUCUUCCAUGUUGACAACUCCUCCCUCACAAUAGGAAAGCCGGACCUUACUUUCCAUCGCAGCCCUGACUCCAAUGGGCCUAUUGCGGGGGUUUGUAAGUUCCGUCACUUCUCCUCAGACUGUGAGAUUGGUCUAGGGGACCCCGAACGGCCUAGCGAAAUGGACUGGGAAUACCUACACAAGCAAGGUUUUAUUAAACGCAUAUACUGGUUCCGCAUGCAGCUAGAGGACGGCACAAAGCAAAAUUUCACCUGGAAACGAACCCACUCGCUUGGCACCGGCCGGGAAAAAUAUAAACUUGUCGAGGAGACUAGCCAGACCGUGGUGGCGGUCUUUUCUUCCGGCCGCACCUUUUCCAAAACACCCGGCUACUUGGAUAUCUACUUGCCUCUAGGGCCACGGUUCAACCUCAUCGCCCUUAUAUCGGGAAUUGCUGUUGCCGAGAGGGCGAGGCGUGCGAGAAAGACCAAGACCUCGCAAGGUGGGGGAGGUGGGGGAGGGUCAUGUUAG